UCGCUGCCUGCGCUGCGGUGCCUCCCCGCGCUGUGUGACCGGCAGGAAUGCAGCAACCGGCACUGGCGCUCAUGGCCCUGGCAGCCUGUGUGUCCCUUCACUCUUCAGAAGCCAUCCUUCCCAUUGCUUCUAGCUGUUGCACUGAGGUUUCACAUCAUAUUUCCAAAAGGCUUCUGCAAAGAGUGACCAUGUGUCGCAUUCAGAAAGUGGAUGGGGACUGUGACUUGUCUGCUGUCAUCCUUCACAUCAAACACAGAAGAAUCUGUGUCAGCCCGCAUAGUCGUAUUCUUAAGCAAUGGAUGAAAGAACGAGCAACCAAGAAAAAUGCUAAAGGCAACAUUUGCCUUAAGAAGAACCACCACCAAAAGCAGAAGAGUAAGGUAGCACAGAAGGGCAGGCAUAAAGCCCACGGCCAUAAAACUCCUCAUUAG